AUGGGCGGCACUAGGUUACAGAGGUUUAAUGAAUUGACGAGAGAAAUUUGGCAAUGGGCUGAAGCAAGAAGGAAUUUUCUAUUUGCCUCCUAUAUCCUGUCGGAAGAAAAUACUGAGGCAGACAGUUUAUCGAGACUAAGCAACGAUGAUGCGGAGUGGGAGUUGGCUGACUUUGCCUUUAAGAUGAUCGUCAGUAGGUUUGAACUUCCAGACGUAGAUCUGUUUGCCACAAAGCUGAACAAGAAAUGUGCUUGUUUUUGCUCUCGAUUUCCAGACGCUGAGGCAAUGGAGAUUGACGCCUUUACAAUUAGUUGGUCAAAAUUUAGGUUUUACGCUUUUCCACCGUUUGCAAUGAUCCUAAAAGUGAUAAAUAAGAUCAAAGUAGAAAAGGCAUCGGGUAUAGUUGUGGUGCCUAAUUGGCCGAACCAACCGUGGUACCCUCUUUUCCUUGAUUUGUUGGAAGAAGCAACACCCAAGAGCAAGUCAUUUAGAGUUGAUGGUAGGAAGAUUAUCAGGGCGGCCUUUCUCCAGAAAGGCUCACCUGGGGAAUCAAUAGAUGUCAUCCUGGCAUCAUUAUCAGACUCGUCAAUAAAACAAUACGAAUCAGCCUUACAACAAUGGAGUGACUUUUGCGGUGCGAACAAGCUAAGGAUUCUGGAACCGGAUAGUGAAAAACUGUUACGGUUUUUGUCAAUAAAGCAGAAAGAAGGAGCGUCAUACUCAACUUUGAACACCCUGAGAUCUGCAGUGUCGCUGAUUGCCCGGGAAAAGAUUGAUGAGGACCCACUGGUAUCAAGGUUCAUGAAGGGAGCCUUCAAACUAAAGCCAGCAACACCCAAAUAUGGAACCACUUGUCACGUCUCCCUGGUACUGAGAUAUCUGGAAAAACUCGUCCCGCUAGACAAAUUAUCAAUCGCUCAGUUGAUGUUGAAGACAGUCACCCUAUUGGCUUUAUGCACGGCACAUAGGGCCCAGACUCUGGCCAGUAUUGAGGUUAAAAAUAUAGUAACCAAGGAGAAUGCCUUGGAAAUAAAAAUUCCAAAGCUAGUCAAAAGUUCGGGACCAGGACGUCUUCAACCGUUGUUGGUCAUAUCGUUCUUUGUGGAAAAACCGGGGCUAUGUGUAGCUUCGACACUAAAAGCUUACAUAGAAGCUUCUAAAAAAGCAAGAGGCAACCUACCGAAUCUGUUUAUCUCUGUAAAAAGACCAUUCAAAGCGGUUUCCAGUCAAACGAUUAGUCGCUGGAUUAAGGUGGUGUUAUCAGAUAGUGGAGUGGACACAGCUAUCUUUUCGGAACAUUCCACAAGACACGCAGCUACCUCAGCGGCCUUUAUCAAAGGUGUUAACUUGGAUACAAUCAGGAAGACAGUGGGAUGGUCGAAGGAAUCAGGAAUGUUUGCAAAAGUUUACAAUAGACCGAUCACAUCGGACAAUCAAGUCUUUGCAAAAGCAAUGUUGGGUAUAAACAAUUAA